GUCGUUUUGGUCUUGGAAUGACAGAAAACAAACCACAAUCUCUUUGUAUUCUUCCUGCUAAUGUCAAUUUAAAAAACUGUAAAAUUACUUCUUCACCCCAACAACAACCUGCUCUAGCCAUGGAAAUUUCUCUAACUAUUUCAAAAAACAGAUUUAAUAGAAUUUCUGAAGAACUUCCUGAAUCACCUGCUUCUUAA